CCACCCCUCCCCCGCUGUCCUCGUUUCCGCCCCUCCCCCGCUGUUCUCUCGUUUCCCCCCCUCCGCAGCAUCACGGAACACAUAGACUUUACUACUCCACUCCAGGAGCCUGCGGUGGAGCCAUUGUGCAACGCCAACCUGGCUGCCAGCAUGCACACCCUGGACCACCUGGCUGGCGUGGCCAACCGCGCCGCCAUCCACUACACCGGAGAGAGUCAACUUAGAGAGGUUCUACAGAAUCUGGGCAAAGAUAAGUUCUCCCCUCAGUCCUUUGAGCAGGUGGGCACGCGCAUCGCCAAGGUCUUGGAGAAGAACCAGACAUCGUGGGUCUUGUCCAGCAUGUCUGCUCUCUACUGGAGGGUGAAGGGUCAGGGCAAGAGGGCCAUCGACUGCCUACGCCAAGCCCUCCACUACGCCCCGCACCACAUGAAGGAUGUACCUCUGAUCAGCCUGGCCAACAUCUUCCAGAACGCGCGGCUGUGGGAGGACGCUCUGACCGUGGCCCGCAUGGCUGUGGAGAUCGCCCCACACUUCGUUGUCAACCACUUCACCCUCGCCAAUGUCUACAUCGCCAUGGAGGAGUUUGAGAAGGCCAUGCGCUGGUAUGAGUCCACUCUGGAGCUGCAGCCAGAGUUUGCCCCUGCCAAGGACCGCCUGAGAACCAUCCAGUGUUACCUGCUAACCAAGAAGGACCGCCGUCUACCCUGA